UGCAGGCGGUGUGACGUGGAGGGUGCGUGAGAGGGACGGCGGUUGGAGCGGAUGCUCAGCGGUCCGAGCAUCUCGUGGGAACCUGAUCGCGUUCGACGGGCUGAAGGGCCGACAGGCAGGUUGUAAUUAAAACGAUGUCUGAAUAACCUGGGCAUCACGUACAACUGGAGAUGGGUGCAAACAGCAGCAAUAUUGCCGAGCUUGCAAGUAAUGAUUACCUCAAGCGUCUUGCUGGUACGGAAUCCAUCUCUGAGAAUGAUCCAUUCUGGAAUCAACUUCUGUCAUUUUCCUUCACUACACCAACUAAUGGUGCCGAUGCUCGUCUCUUGGAGGAGGCAACACUUCCAAUCUCCAAGUCACUCAUUGUGAACAAUCCUUGUACAGGAAACUUUCAAGCUCUUGUUAAGAUCUUCCUUAGUAGAACCAAUGAAUUAAAGAUCUCAGCUGAAUGUCAGGACCAGCUGUUUAUUUGGCAGGCUCAUAAUGCCUUGUUCAUCAUACGAUGUUUACUGAAAAUCUUCGUUAGCCACAUGCCCGAGGAGGAGCUUCUGCUUAAUUUUACAUACCAAGAGAGGGCACCAUUGACUUACGGGGCUGAGCCAGAAGGUCUCCUGGAGGGAUUGAUAUGCACCUUAGUACAUCUCAUUAUUGAAUUGCCAUUGUUAGAUAUUACAUAUAGCAUUCUUCUCGAGUCUGUGACCACCCUUUUGGUUCUACUGUCUUGCCAGCUAUUCCAGAAAGAGAUAAUUCGAGAAAGUACAAUAUACAAGUACUUGAUGCAAGGACAAUGCCUCCAGGACACAAGCAGGGUUGUCAAAACAUUACUUUACAAUUUCAUCAGGCAAGAGAAAUGUCCACCUCAAGGAACACAGAUCUUUGAGCAGAACUCUGUGGGAAAUGGAUUGCUGUAUGGAUUAGCAUCUGGUGUAGCAUCCGGCCUGUGGACAGUCCUGACGUUGGGGGGUGUUGGGAGUAAGCCAGCCCAGCAAGAGGAGCCUUCGUCCCCUCUGGCUAAUCGGAGUCUAUUACUGCUACUCGUUCUAUCAAAUCUCAGUAACAUGUCUGACAGACCAAAUCCAUACCGACAGUCAAUAAUGUCCUUCAAAAACACACAAGACAAUACUGCCAUUCAGUCACCAAAUCCUCAUGCGUUCCAGAUAAACUUUAACAGUCUGUACACGGCAUUGUAUGAACAACAGAAAUCUGACCAGGCUACUCUCCUGCUCUAUACCUUGUUGCACCAGAACCCCAAUGUGAGAACGUAUGUUUUGGCCCGUACUGACGUGGAGAAUCUGGUUCUUCCAAUUCUUGAAAUUUUAUAUCAUGUGGAAAAACGAAAUUCCCACCAUGUCUACAUGGCACUUAUUAUUUUGCUAAUCCUAACUGAGGAAGAUUCAUUCAAUCGUUCUGUUCAUGAAGUGAUACUGAAAAAUAUUACCUGGUAUGCUGAACGUCCCCUGACAGAAAUCUCCUUGGGAAGUCUCCUCAUCCUGGUGGUGAUAAGAACAGUGCAGUAUAACAUGACCAGAACCAGGGACAAAUACCUUCACACUAAUUGUCUGGCGGCAUUGGCCAAUAUGUCCUCUCAGUUUCGUUCAUUGCAUCAGUAUGCAGCUCAGAGAAUUAUAAGCCUGUUUGCUUUACUUUCGAAGAAGCACAACAAAGUUUUAGAACAGGCUACACAGUCAUUAAGCAGUUCAAUCAGCACAGAGGAGAAUUCUCCAAUGCCUGAUCACGCUCAGGAUGUCAACGUGAUAGAGGAAGUAAUUCGAAUGAUGUUGGAGAUCAUAAAUUCCUGUUUUUCCUCUUGUCUCCACCACAAUCCCAACCUGGUUUAUGCACUCUUAUACAAACGGGAUCUCUUUGAACAGUUUCGCACACACCCUUCCUUCCAGGAUGUGAUGCAAAAUCUUGACUUGGUAAUCAGCUUCUUCAGCCUUCGCCUGGAGCAAGCAGGAACAGACCUAUCUGUGGAACGCGUUCUGGAGGUCAUCAAACAAGGUGCUGUAGCACUGCCGAAAGAUAAACUGAAGAAGUUCCCAGAGCUGAAGUUCAAGUAUGUUGAAGAGGAGCAGCCAGAGGAGUUCUUUGUUCCAUACAUCUGGUCACUGGCUUAUAACUCCACAGCUGAGUUGUAUUGGGACCCACAGCAAGUCCAACUAUUUACCAUGGAUUCUGGCUGAUGACCUACUUCUCAUGUGAUUGGUAGUGGGGAGGUGGGGGGUGUAAUGGUAUCAGAACAAUUGAAUAAGAGAAACAAGAAACAAGAAACUUUCAUCCAAAUUUCAUGUGCUCUGCACCUUCAAUCAGAUAUUCAUAACCCAAGCAAGAAAAGGAGAACUGAGGACAUACCAUAAGUACUCACUCACGUAUCAGGGUGCUGCUUCAGAUGGAUGGAGCAAUUAAUUGUAAUUGCUCAUGGCUCAAUUUCUUGAAUAGUAGUAUGAGAAUGAAUCGUUUUGCCAAUCCAGGGCAAAAGGUGAUGUUCCCAUCCAAAUAGUAAAUACGGGGAAGGAGGUUAACAAAAUAUCCCAUAAGUGCAACGUUCAAUUUUCCUGAUUAUAUUCUGAACACCAAUAUUAUUUAUUGCUCAUAAUAAUGUUCAAUUAAACUGUUUUAGAAUUGCGGUCUUCCUGAUCCAAAGUUGUUUGUAGAUAAAAAAUAAACUGAGACAGAAUAAGGCAUUGUUUUAUUUAAGUUAUAAUAAAAGCUUUAAGAAAUUAGUUUCUGUACUCAGGUGAUACAGGCUCUGGACAGAUGAUGUUUAAUGCAGGGACUGCCUGGCACUUAUCCUGAUGAUCAAGCAAGCAAUGAUAAUGUCAGUGAACACUUCUAAACUGCAUGUUGAAAUGCUUAUGUGCACAAUGAUGAGCAAAGCUUAAAAUCAAAAUGUUGUUUAAUAAACAAAUCCCAGUAGAUAUGUAUUUUCAAAAGAAGAAUUUAGAUUAUAAUAAAUCUGUGAUGUAAUUUGA